CAAUUGCCCAAUUGCCCUCAAGAAGGGGACCUUUCCAAAAUUGCCUUUUUUCUAAGAUUACGAUUGAAGAUAGAAGUGGCUGAAUCGAUCCUCCAUCUCGAGCUACCGUCUCUCGUUCUGAUCAAUCCCACCUAAAGGUUAUGGAGCUUUCACCUCAGCAGCUGAUCGCCUACAAUGGCACCGACCCGUCGAAGCCCAUCUAUGUGGCUGUGAAGGGCCGCGUCUUCGACGUCACGACCGGGAGUUCUUUCUACGGCCCCGGCGGCGCUUACGCCAUGUUCGCCGGCAAGGACGCGAGCAGAGCUCUGGCCAAGAUGACCAAGAACGAGGAGGACAUUAUCUCUUCGCUCGAUGGCCUCUCUGAGAAAGAGAUCGGAGUUCUGAACGACUGGGAGAAGAAAUUCGAAGCUAAGUACCCUAUUGUUGGCCGUGUUGUUUCUUAAAAGAUGUAAGAUUAUGUGGGCAAGUUUAUGUGUUUCGCUAUGUGUCAAUUUCCGAGCAAGAUGAGGCGUCGUGUUGCUCAGAAGUCUUUAAUGAAUUACUGUUUGAAAAAAAAAAUGCUCUAUCUGUGGAGAUGGGAUUGUUAAAAUGACUGUACAUUUGUUGUGUUUCGUCAAAUUAGUGUCUUUCUAUGGCGGAUUGGUACCAAUCUGAAUUUCUGAACGAAACAAGAACUUGUUUACUUAUAUAAGCUUUGUUCAUCAUCGUAUGGUUUUUUAUGGGUUGAGGCACUGAUUCUAGAAUAAACUCAGUAUGCUGGUGAUGGAAAGGACUUCUGUGUA